AUGUCUUUUCUCCGCAUUCUGUUCUCGGCGGUCCUCCUCGUCUUCUUCUUUGCAUCUUCAGCCGAGACCGCCUUCUCAAGAAACCAACACAAAUAUACAACCACCUACAAUCACCACCACAUGCAUUCUUGUCGUGAGAAGAUGUACCCAAGAUCACUGUGCAUUCGGUUCCAGAGUAUCAACAACAAACACCUGCCGCCGCCGCCGCCACCUGAUUUUCAUCAUGAUGAUGAGAUUGAUCCGAGAUAUGGCGUGGAGAAGAGACUUGUUCCUUCUGGUCCAAACCCUCUUCACAACUGA